AUGGAUGGAGGAAAUCACUCGGUGGUGUCUGAAUUUUUGUUGCUGGGACUCACGAGUUCUUGGGAAAUUCAGAUUCUCCUUUUCUUGUUUUUCACAAUAUUUUAUGUAGCAAGCAUACUGGGAAACCUCCUCAUUGUGCUCGCAAUCAUCUCAGAUCAUCACUUACAUUCCCCAAUGUACUUCUUGCUGGCAAAUCUCUCCUGUAUCGAUACCAGUGUGGCCAGCAUUGCAACUCCAAAGAUGAUUUAUGACCUCUUCAGAAAACAUAAAGUCAUCUCCUUGAAAGGGUGCAUCACUCAGAUGUUCUUUAUCCAUACUGUUGGAGGUACAGAGAUGGUGCUGCUGAUAGUCAUGGCUUACGACAGAUACACUGCCAUCUGCAAGCCCCUCCACUACCUGACCAUCAUGAGCCCGAGGAUGUGCAUUUGUCUUCUGGCUGCUGCUUGGAGCAUUGGACUCCUCCACUCUGUAGUCCAGCUGGCUUUUGUUGUGAACUUACCCUUCUGUGGAACCAACAAAAUGGAUAGCUUCUAUUGUGAUUUUCCUCGGUUCAUCAAACUUGCAUGUGUAGACACCUAUGGACUGGAGUUCCUGGUCAUGGCCAACAGUGGUUUCAUCUCCAUGGGCACCUUUUUCAUCUUGAUUGUGUCCUACAUCUGCAUUUUGGUCACAGUUCGGAAACACUCUUCAGGUGGUUUGGCCAAGGCACUUUCCACUCUCUCAGCUCACAUCACUGUAGUAGUUUUCUUCUUUGGUCCUUGCAUUAUUGUGUAUGUGUGGCCAUUUCCUACCUUACCUGUAGAUAAAUUUUUAGCUAUCUUUGAUGCCAUUAUUACACCUUUUAUGAAUCCUAUCAUCUAUACACUUAGAAAUAAGGAGAUGAAGGUAGUUAUGAGAGGACUCUUACUCAAGGCUGUAUGUUUCUGGAAGAGUCCUUUCAUGCACAGACUAAGAAAUUCAGAUUAA